UUUAAAAGUUUAAGGAAAUUAAAAAAUAAUUAUCUCGUGUUGCCCGCCAACUUCCCCAACCCAACUAUCUCGGCCACGCUCCACCGCCUCUGCCAAUGGACUUCAAAUCCGCCGACGCCGCUCUCUGGAGAGAAACCCUCCUCUCCUACGAUUCCGUAAUCAAAAGCCUCGGGAAACCCCACCUCAUUUCCCAUGACGAUUUCUACCGCAAGGACCUUCCAGCUCUGCUCCACCAGCGCGACCCCAAUCCCUACAUCACCACCGCCGAACUCUCCAGCCUUAUGGAGUGGAAGCUGGCUCGCGGCAAGUGGCGCCCGCGCUUGCUCUCCUUCGUUUCCUCACUCGCCGACGCCGUCGUCACCGAUGCCUCCACUAAGGCCUUUGCUGCCCUGCCUGACGCUUCCAAGGCCAUCUCGGCCUUGACGGUCCUCAAGGGCGUGGGGCCCGCCACCGCCUCCGCAGUCCUGGCCGCCUACGCGCCUGAUGUCGCCCCCUUCAUGUCCGAUGAGGCAAUGGUGGCUGUCCUUGGGAACUCAAAGGAUUAUUCGUUGAAGACAUAUGUCUCAUUUGUGGAAAAAGUGCAAGCUAAGGCAAAGGAGCUGUCUUGUUCGGAUGAUGUAUUCACACCGUCAGAUGUUGAGAGGGCAUUGUGGAGCUGUAGUGCAGGCGCCAAAGUGAGAAGCUCAUCAAAAAAGGCAGACGAAGUUGAGCCGGAGCGCAAGUCCAAAAGGAAGAGGAAAUAGUAACUGCCAUGGGCCAUGGCUAGGUAAGUUAGACAUAAUGUUGUUGCUGCUGUGGAGCCGAAGUGAGAAUCUCGAAAAGGCAGACGAAGUCGAGCCAGAGCAUAAAUCGAAAAGAAAGAGGAAACAGUAACAGCCGGUGGCUAGCUAGUGAGACUUAAUAUAUUGGUGCUGUAUGUGCAAUAUACAUUAUCCUUUCUAUUUAACAUCUUCUAUAUGUUUCA